UGUCAAUUCACAGUUGUCAAACACAAAUAUUUUUUUAAUUGAGGUUAUUUUAGUAAUUAGAUAACAUAUCAACCUUAAGAUGUGAAUAUUAUUUAACAAGAGAAACAUUAAUCAAAAUUUUAUGUUUCCAAACUAAAGCAUAGCUUGCAUUAAAAUGGAUUUUCUUUCGGAAGUAAUUGCCGAGGCUAUUGUUUUGAGUAUAGACUCUUUAAUAUUGGGAUUUUGUGUAAAGCAGCUGAGCAAAUGUAAACACAUACUAAACGCUCUACAGACAGCACCAGUGUUGGACAUAGAUUUAAAUCUUCAGAAAGAAAUACACAAAUACCCAAAUUGUGUUAUACCCUAUGUUGUAAUUAGAGGGCUUGUGAAACCACUUGGAAAUCCAAUUACUAGUAAUUACAAUCAGUCGGUCACUGGAGUAAUACAAAGGUUGACAAUAAAGGAGCAUGUGAUAGCCAGAACAUCUGCUGGUUUCUGGUCAGAUCAAACGCGUACCAUCCAUGAGGUCUGUAAUGCAACACCAUUUGUGCUCACAAAUGGCAAACAUAGCAUUGAAGUUGUUGAUGCACUGGCUGCAGAACUAUUGGAUCUUGAUGUUAUAUCAGACAAGUUUGAGCCCAUGUCGCCAGGAGUCAUAGAUCAUGUGUGGGGAUUCUUUUCUGGUGUUCGGCAGCGAGGACUGCAGACAAUGGAGGAGAUGUUACGUGACGGUUCCUACAUCACUGCAAUUGGGGAACUCAGCAGAAACAGCUCGGGACUGAAAAUACAGCCGCCCAAAGAUGGUCUACCGUUAUAUUUGACAACAGCGACAAAAUCCAGCUUACUGAAGCGGUUGGCUAGUUCUAGAGAUUUGUUGAGGGUUCUAAUAGUGGUAUUCGGAGCUGUAGCCGCCGUCGCGUCCGGCCGGAUAGCGUACAAGUACAUAAAGCGGCGCAAGCGGCGCGCCGCCGAGGACAGCAUGAAGCGGCAGCUGGCGGCCGGCCGGCGCGAGCGGCGCGCGCAGAACAGGGACAAGGGGCUGAGCGACGUGCAGCUGUGCGUGGUUUGCACAGAUAAUCCUAAAGAGAUAAUACUGUUGCCAUGUGGACAUGUGUGCCUUUGUGAAGACUGCUCAGAAAAUAUUCGCGACAACUGCCCCAUUUGCAGAGAGAGGAUAGAGUCUCGUGCACCAGCAUUUAUAACAUAGAGAAAUAUAAUUUUUUAUUUAUGGAUUUCAUUUUUUAAUUAAAAAAUUGUAAUUAACUUCAAUGUAAUUUUAACUGUAAAAUUAAAAUAAAUAUUAUUGAUUAUCAGAAUUUCACAAUCAGUAGUAAGUAAACGAUACAUAUUUUGGAAUAACAAAAAAUAAUGCAAUAUUAAAAACAAUGUGUUUUGUAUUAUAGUGCUCAUAAAAUAUAAGAUAUUUAUUUUAACUAGAUCACUAACAAUGCCUAGCAUUAAACCUGUUACUGUGAGAUGGAAUAAAGUGUAUGUUUAAAAA